AUGCAGUCCGUAUAUUUACGGCAAGCGUCGCCCACGUCCUUCUUCAAUGCAGUCACUUCUGGCGUCCUUACAAACACAAGCUGCUGCAUGCUGGUGCCUUUUAAAGGCUCCAUCUGUGAAGACCUAGUUAAUGAUGCGAACAUCAUGCUGGCGACGUGUACUCACAUUCUGGCAACACAUAAGUCAACAUGA